CAGACGCGCCGAGCAUCUUCUACUUGGCGGAUUCUUGAGUACUUACUCGACACCCUCCAUAUGGUAACGGUGUCAGCUCCGUACGAACGUGGUGGAUAGCGCGCCGAGAUCAUGGGCAUACACGAGGCGUCUCUUGGAAGUUCAAAGCAUGUUUCAUAUCUGCACAGUAUCACGAGUUCUUGCGGAUGGCCUGAUAUCUUUCCGACUGUCCUGCUUGCGCCUUCGCAGAGAGCGUCUCGUUGGAUGCGUAGCCGGUCCUUGAUAAUCAAUACUGUCAAAUGGUCGAAAUUUUGGUGGACGAGGCUAUUGUUUCAGCUGGUGGUUUCAAUCCUAUGUGCGCCCAUGAUUCCUGGCUUCAUCUCUGACAAGAUCAUCGACUGCUGCCUUGUCGGUUUUCGUUGUCUUCCAAAAAACACGAACUCAAUGUUGAUUGUACAUUCGGCAUUUAUUCUAUCAACCAGCGGAGCCAGCCCUUCGCUGUAGAUUCAUUUUCCUCCAAAGACUUCGGUGUCAGAAGCAAGACAAACUAUGUCGCGAAAGCCAUCCAUACACAUCCAGCAGACAACUUUCUGGUUUUGAUUUCGUCUUCUCACCAAGACUCGGGACUUUGUCUAGGAAGCAUCUAUAGAGGUAGAUCAGGUAAGUUCAGAGACCUACCCGGCUUUUGUCCGCCUGUUGUACAUCGUGUC